CCAUAUUCAAAAUGGCUGCCAGUUGUAACAAAUAGACUUUUUUCUUGAAGUUGAUAACUUUUUUUUGCAAACAAUUCUUGUGUCACGAUAUUAGCGUAGGUUGGUGUCACGCAGUAUGAAUCUCAUUGAUGUCCUGGUAUGAUUAAUCAUUACAAGUCAAGAUGAGCGGUUCUUCCGAUCACGAGUCUACAUCCGACCCUGGGACCAGCGGUUCUUCCAGCGGCACCAGUACCCCCAGUCUGGAGCAGGAGGAUUCCAACCCGCCUCCUACAACCACCGGGCUAGACAUCACCAAGGAGGAAGAAAAACUCAACCACAACAGUUUAGAGCAGCUAGACCCCAACAGGAAAACUCCUGACUUGGAACAGGAGCAUGAACAUGUACUGCUGAGAAAGGCAACUCACAAACUCUCUGAGAAGAAGAGGAGAAAAGCAAUUAACAAAAGAUAUGAUGACCUGAAGAGCCUGUUGCCUGGCAUGAAGGGACUGACUCACAGCAAGCAAGUCAUAUUGAAGAAAGCUUUCCACUAUGUUGAGAGCUUGAAGGCUGACAGUCGACUGAAUCAGGGAGUGAUAAGAGAGUUGGCCAUUGAGAGGGAGAGGAACAUCGCACUAGAGGCAGAACACAAACAUUGGCAGGAGAAACUACAACUUCUCAGACAGCAGAAAGGUUUGCCACCUCUAACACCUGAGGAGCUACAGGGGGUCAUGUCAGGUGCCAUCUCAUAGGUCCAGGUUCUCACAUGGGAAGACUCUCAACUGAUUCAACUUUCAACUCAACCCUUUUGGACCCUAGAAAAUAUCAAUUGUCCUCCAAUUAAAUUUCACUGCAGCUGCCAUUUAUAGUUGCAUGUACAAUGUACAUGUACAUUAUUGUACUUCAUAUUCAUAGUUUUAUAUGAAGAAAAAAAGUUCAGUGAUGACUUCUCAUGAUUGGUAAAAUAUUGGGCAAGGAUAUCAAAGUUUAUUUGUGAUCUCUUACAAGGAUGUUGUUAUGUUCUAUAAUCCAUAGUUCUGACAAUGGUUUUAUAAUUCUGCAGUGACCAUUACAAUUCAGACAUGUCAAGACAUGUCUCAUAUUUUGUAAACCUGUGGUGUACCAAAACUAUACUAUUCUUAGCUUUACUGUACACCAACAAUACUAUAUACAAAACAGCUAUAGUGGCUCUAUGUUCGCUUUUUCUAUACUAUGUAUAGACUUCGUGGUUUCUUAUAAAAAGUAUAUAUUUUGUAACAAUUAUCACUGGUGUGGUGAGAUAACUUGCAGUACUUACUUACCAAUAUCUGUAAAAUAUCUGAAUGAUUGAUCAUAUGUGUAGCUGGAUAUUUGUAAAGGGAUCAUUGGUGCCAAAGUAGUGCUUUUUGUCUCUUGUUAUAUGAAAUUAAUUUUUACAAAUGUAGAGUAUAUGGGUGAAACGUGUUAAUGAGCCAAGUGGCAGUAAUGACAAAGACAAUUUGAUUCUUAAGAUUUUACUUCCCCAGUAGUCCAUUUGUAAUUGUAUAAGUCCAGGGACAAUGAGGGAGGCAGUCUGAACAAAUUUUUAGAUCAACAGAUUAGGAUGCACCCCAUUGACCAUGUCAUGAUCAUAGGUGACAGGAUACAUGUAGAUAACAGAUUCAGGUUUAGCACCCCCUUUCUCAGUCACACUCUUUUUGAGAUUUUCAAAUUAAAUAGCCCUUUGUAUCUAUGCUAUGGACAAUCAGCCAGCAAUAUGUGGAAAGUACUCCAUUUUAUCAGUUUUACUGUAAAUAUCAAUAUGACAUUUUGUAUGGCACCAACUAUUUUUUGCUGGAGAUGGAGGCAUUCCUUUGUUCAAAGUAUUGCUGAUGAUAUUAUUUGUUUUUACUGCAUUACAUGUUGUGAAGUUUUUGUUUGGCUUGUAUUUGUAAUCUAUCACCUUCACAUGAUUUAUACAUACAACAAAUACAUGAAUUUGAACAUGGCUGA